ACCGCUGGGGAGGGGAGAGGAAGGAAAUUAGGGUGGAGUGAGCGAAGAGGAGACGAGGGACUGGGUGUGGAGAGAAAAAGGGGCUGGGCGGGGAGGAAGAGAAGAGGGAGAAGCGGAGUGGGCCGAGCAGGCGGGGCGAGCGCGGGGCGCCUCCCCGCAGCCGGGCACUGGCCUGGGGUCCUCCCCUCCCCCUGGGCCAACGUCCCUGGGGCGUGAUUAGCAGCUCCUUGGGGAAAAGGGCGGGGCCUGAGCUCGGGGCGCAGGGGUCCGGGUGGGGCGGCGACCCGCGGCGCAGUGCGAGGCCGCGGCUCUGGCGCGAGGCCCCGAGGUUUGCCCAGGAGGGCUCUGGUCGCACCGCGUUUCUGGGCCUUUAGGUUCCUCCUCGCCUCUGCUCUCCGCCGUCGCCCUGCCCUCCCUCGGCGCGUCAGAGCCGGGUCCCGGGCGCCCAGGGGCGGGGCGGGGACACUCAGGGACGCCCCAGCGAGGACCUCCUGGGUGCGAUCUCGGGCGCACGAGAUGUGGAGCUGCAGUGACGAAACGGUCACCCGAAGGACCCUGGACAGGGUCAGCGGGUCAGCUGUAGGGGGUCCUGGGAGAGGGUCUGACCGCGGGCCACCUGAGCGUCAGCGCGGGGGAGGCGUGGGCCUGGAAAGAUGAUGGAGAUCUGGCCGGUGGAGACGUGAGUGCCCCUGAAAGGGAGGCCCAGGUGGUGGAAGAGGACCUGAAGGAUGGGAGGGAGCGUGAAGGCCUCAGGCCACGCCAGCGGGCAGCACCCCUGCGGCCUACCAGUGGCAGGUGCGAGGCCACCCCAGCCCUCACCUAUGUGUGACAUCGAGGUAAUCUUUCUGCGUCUUGGCUUGUCCACAUCUGCUAGUGGGGCAGUAUCGGAGGGUGGUGAACAUGUAUAACAUAUGGGAAGCUGUGUAGUGCCCUUCCCAGCCUGGCUGCUUCCUGAACUAGUCCCUUUCCCUCCUGGAAGAAGGAAGUCAACCCAGAGACUUCUCACUGCUGGGCACCGUCCUAGCACAGACAAUUUGCCAAACAAGAUAUACAGGUAACAAACGAGCACAUGAAAAGACGCUCAGCACCCUUAGUCAUGAAACUCUCAGAGGGCGCCGGGACAUGCCGCUCACGAUGGCUAAAAUGAAAGAAGAUUGACCUUACCAGCUGAGUACAAGGAUGCAGCGCAAAUGGGACUCUCGUGCAUGACUGCUGAGAAUGUAAAAUGAUACAGCCACUUUGGAAACUGGUUUGGCACUUUGUUGAGAAGUUAAACAACACUACCCGAUGAUCUAGCUGUGGCAUUCCUAGAUAUUUACCCAGGAGAAACGGAAGCAUGUGUUCCUACCGAGAUGAACACAAUGUCCAUCAACAGUGUCCCGCGGCUUCAGCAUUUCUUUGUGCUGGAGCAAGUGCAGUUGCCAGGACCACAGAGGAAGGGGAUGGAGGAAUGGCCUCAGCUGUCUCGGAGGAUGGCAGUUGUUGCCCGCAGUGCCAUUGGCCAAAGACCUUUUCAAUUACACCAGACGAAUUGGCUGUAGGCAGCCUCAGCUUCCUGUCACCACGGACUCUGUUUAAUGUCUCAGCUGGACUUGGCUACAUCGGAGAUUGCAGGGAAUAUGGCUGGUCCACUUGGGUGGCUUUGCACAUGGCCAUCCUGUGCGUAUGCCCUUCUGCCAGCCUGGCGGCCUCUCCCUUCGUCUGCCUUGUCCUUGGAAAUGCAUCAGCAGGGGGAGCUGGAUCUGUCCUAAACCUGACGGAAAGCAGACGUCCCUGCACGCAGAGGAGCAAGCUGCCUCGCUGGGUUUUUCUGGAAUAGCUCAGAUGGCUGUUAUUUUAUUCAUUGGAAUGGAGAUGAAUUGCUAAAUGUACCAGUUAAAUGUGAUUUAAAUUGUAUAUCGUUGUCAAGUUUUUCACAUAAAUUCACUAAUUAAAAAAAAAAUUCUUUGCACAGA